AUGUCCAAUCUUCAAUUACCAGAGAGGAUGUUUGCCGCGGGUCAAGAACCCAUCGGCGAAAGGGUCAAUACUUACCAAAAAACAAAAACUGUUCGAGCCAUUAUAAAUGCCCUUGAUGAAGACGAAGUUAAGCGUCUCAGGGAGUCGCAGUUGGGGAGUCUCUUAGCGACCAUGGAGAUGCCUGCUUUCUCUGGGAAAGAAACACGAGUUGUGGUUUUUGUUCGCCGGCCGCCUGUAAGAUUUUCCUUGCGCGAGUUCGCCAUUGUUACCGGUCUUGAGUGCGGUAAGUUCGCACAGCAGAAGAAGAAGAAGAAUCCUAUUACAAAGAAGCCCUAUUGGGCCGAAUUGUUUGGUCUUUUGAAAUCGUGUACCGUCGACUCAGUAAUCCAGAUGCUUUCUAAGAAGAAAAUUACCAACAAAGAGAAAAGAUUUAAAUGUGCAUGCCUUGCUGUUACUGCUGUUGUUUUGGUUCCCACAUCUCAUGUGACGAAGAUUGUCCCCGAGCAUGUUGAGCUGAUUAGGGACAUCGAGGUGUUCCUGGCUUAUCCAUGGGGGAGGGUGGGUUUUGAUUUGCUAGUGUCAAGUAUAAAAUCCAAAGACGAAUUGGAGUUAUCGCAGAAGACAAUUGCGGUAAAAGGAUUCUUUUAUACGAUUCAGUUGGUUAUGAUGGCUGCGAUCCCAACAUUGACAGAAGUUGUGCAAGAGCCAUCGGGGGACUCAGAUAGCGACGGUGAAGAGGAGUCCGAUGGUCGUGAUGAGCAACAAGCGACCACGAUGCCAAUACGGGCUCCGAUGAAUUUGUAG